AGACCAAUUCCUAUAUGUUUGUUGCCUUGUCUGUGCAAAAAAAAAUUAAAAUCAUGCUCUCUUCCCAAAUUCGACUCCUGAGAUUAAACCCUACAAAUCCCUAGAUUUCUUCGAGAUUUCUCGACUCAUCCAAGCAAAUAAAGAAGAUGACUAAUGUCAACACAGUUUCUGGUGAUGGAGAUCGUUCGGACAAGAAGAGUAUUGAUGAGAACAAAGUGAAAGCUCCAAACAUGUUCGAACGAGCAAAAGAGGAGUUUGAUGCUGUUAUUGGAUCUCUUCAAAAACGCAAGAGUUUUAAGGAUGAAUCUGACAAAGUCAAAUCAGAGAAACCAGAAGAUGGAAAGAAGAAACCGAACAUGAUGAAAAAGGCGAAAGAUGAACUCAAAUCUUUAUUCCAGAAGGAGAAACCUCAUCGCCAUCAUCAUCAUCACAAAGAAACUCAUGGAAGGAGUGAUGAUAUUAAUGAGAACACUCCGGUGGAUGAAGUGAAGGCUCCUAAUGUUUUCGAGAGAGCCAAGGAAGAGAUCGAGGCCGUCAUCGACACCAUCCAUCCCAAGAAGAAGAAUGAGGCAGAGGGUUCUGAUUCACCUAAGUCUCCUCGGUCUGUCUCACCGGAAAAGGAGAGAGCUGGACUCGGAUGCUCUAUUGGAAAGGGGCUGGAAAAGAUUUGUUCUCCUUGGGGUGAUGAUAAAAAAGAUUGAAUUAUAUUCAUAUGAUUGAUUGAUAUGAUCAUGAACUCUUGUUUUCUAAUUGGCGUGGUAGAACUUGGUUUUAAGUUUGAAUGAGUUUGUUGGUUAUUAGGUACUCUGAGAAUUGUUGUUACCUUAACAGACUCUGCUUGUUCUUUUUCAUAUUUCAAAACUUCAGUGUCCUCUAUGUAUAUAAUUCUGAAAUCGUUAGCUUGUUACAUGGA